GUCAAUCCCUGCCUUUGAUAUUCAGCUCCUAGCUGGGGCAAUGGAGAUAGAAUAAAAGGUUCAGAGCAAAUCGUAAAGUAGUCUACGGGAGCCCGACCGCGGAGUUCUAACACUGAUAGGAGUCAUGAUGACAACUUUGCAGCUUUGCAUGCUGCUCUUUGUAGCGGUAUCUGUAUGCAAGGUCCAGGGAUCAUGCGACAGUAGACAAUAUACCAGCGAUGGGAAAUGCUGUUCUGUAUGUCCUCCAGGGGAAGGUGUGACGACACCAUGCGGUGAUAAAGACACUGUAUGUGAGGCAUGCUUGGACAGUCUCUUUUAUUCAGAUGUCUCAAGCCAUAUUGAGCCCUGCAAACAAUGCACCGUGUGUACGGGUACAAAAACCAUUCUUAUCCCUUGCAUGGAGAACUUUGACACUUCCUGUACUUGCAUGAAUGGGUAUUAUGAGGACAGUAAUGGAGAGUGCCUUCCAUGCAAUAUAUGUGACAAGGGAUAUGGAGUCCUGGAACAGUGUUCUGAGGGAAGGAAUACAAUCUGUGAGGAAUGCCCUGAAGGCACUUAUUCUGACCAGGCGAGCAGUGUUGAUCCUUGUCUCCCAUGCAGUCCUUGUGAAGAUUAUGAAGAAAUGAUCUCAGAGUGCACACCUACACAAGACAACGUUUGCAUAUCAAAUCGUCAUGCACGACCUUCUGUAGUCAGUACCGUGGUCCCUCCGAAAAUUGUCACAACAACAGAGAUAAUGACAACCACAGCUGUUCCAAGCUCACCACAGUUCAUUGGGCAGGGCAGCACUGACAACAUCAUUCCUGUCUACUGUUCCAUCUUGGCUGCAGUUGUGGUUGGACUUGUGGCUUACGUGGCUUUCAAACGAUGGAACAGCUGUAAGCAAAACAAGCAGGGAGCCAAUAACAGAACAGUAAAUGAGACACAGUCUCCAGAGGGGGAGAAGCUACACAGUGACAGUGGAAUCUCAGUCGACAGUCAAAGUCUGCAUGAGCAACAGCAAAAACAGCAGCAGCAGCAGAAACAGCAGCAACAGCAGAGCCAAGCUACACGUGUGGAGCCAAGUCUGUACAAUGCUCUGCCUCCUCACAAGCAGGAGGAGGUUGAGCAACUGCUGAACACUUCUGAGGAGGCGUCAGAAUGGUGCAACCUGGCUGGGUUGCUGGGCUACAGUGAGGAACACAUAGACUCUUUCAGGCAAGACGAACACCCAGUGCGUGCCCUCCUCUCCGACUGGUCAGCCAAGGAUUGCGCCACCACAGAUGCACUUUGCACUGCUCUACGUAAGCUGAAAAGAGAUGACAUUGUUGAAAGCCUCAGCAAUGAGCCCACAGCCAUAUCGGUCGUGUGAGAGUGAACCUGUCAGCCUUAAUUCUCCUGAAUGUUUCAUUUGGAAUGACUGAAUAUAAAAGAAUGUCUGAAGGAAAAGGGGCUUCUGUUCAAUGCUUAAGAACACCCUUCUGUGCACUGAUGCAUAACUUUCAGUAUUGUCCUGCCUUCUCUCUUGUAUAAAGUGACUGUGUGCAGCAGAAGCAGAAACAUGUUCAUGUAAUUAAAUCAGAUUUUGUCUUUUCUGUAGUCGUUAGAGAUAAAAAAAAAUGACGUGCACAUUUUAAAAUGGGCCAGGUUUAGUUAAGCCCAAGUUCUAAACAGGACAUGUGUGUAAAGGUCAAAGCAUGGACAUUGUAUCUUUGUGCUACAGCACUCUCAGCUGAACAGAAAACUGUACAUUAUUAGCAGUCCUCUCCGCAUGUGUUGAACUAGUGUUUGUGUAACUAAUUCUAGCAUAGUCCAAAGCUACCAGAGAUGUUCUGGCCAAUUCUUAGUCCAGGAUGUUUGUGUGUCUUUUCACUGUGGAUUCCUUCAAACUUUAGAGAAAAGGCAAUGCCACAUGACUUUGGAAUUUUUAACAAUAAUCUAAGCAUAAAUAUUAAGUAUCAGGGAUUGAAAUAGCCAGGGAAAGUUUUGUUAUAGUUUCAACCAGCAUAAGGGGCCUUUGUUACAUCUAAGUUUUCACCCUAAUAUCACACGGCUCUGAUCAGGAGACAAGGGGCCUGAUGCUGUGAUGAGAGAAUAACAUCUUGUCACAGAAUUCCCUACCAACUCCAUGAAAGUAAUUUUGGUUUCAUCUGGGAAUACAAGAGAUGAAGUAUAUUGGAUCAUUUUGAAUAUAAAUUUGUAAUGGGAUUGUUGAAAGUAUUAGCAGUUUAGCAUUUGUUAUAGAAGUUGUGACUUCCUGAUUCUAAACCAACCAUAGACUAAAUUGCCAUCACUGGUUUACAUUAAGAUUCAAGGUCUUCUUUUGAGUUGUUUACUUCAAGUAGUGCAAAAAUGCUGCACUAAUAUCUCAAAUAUUUAAACUAUGAGGCCAGUUAUUCUUAACUACAGUAUUUCCCCAGUGCUUUCUUCCAAUCUUCAAACCAAGUAUUGCCAUAAAACAUGACUUUGCAAACAAUAGCUGAUUAAAAUAGUUGAGUGAGUUUAAGGCAGCUGACAAUAUUUAUCAUGUUAUUCAAUGAUUGUAAUUUCAGUGUCCAGUUAAGUAUCUAAUCUUCAUAAGGAUUUAUUUUCAGGAAGGAAACUUGUCAUUUAUGGUGUCCAUAGGUAGGUUCAGUCUCAAACCAAAAUGACCUGUAAAGUCAUGAAACACAUCAUCCAGUUGUAUCUACCCUUCUCAAGGUAAUUUGGCAUGGGCAAUAAAUGUUGGGUUCUCAGGUGAAAUUCAAAUUAAGGGAAUGUAUUUGACUAAAAGUUAUAUCUAUGGUAAGCAUGUCACUUUGAAUUGACUAGUUUGUAUUAUUGUUCAACUGGCCAACCUGAGAGCUCUGUCCUUCAUUGAUAAAGUGUUCUCCUCUCUGUUCCUGCAUGCUGGGUUUUUAGGCUGUAUUGUUGGCUGAACGUUAUACUUUUUUAAAAUGGGGAAGUCUCCUAUGCUAGUGACCCACAGCUGUGGUAGAGAGGUACACCAUUAAGUGCCGACAAUCUUUUUAAGGUUCCUCGACAGCUGAAAAUGUGUGCAACUGUCAGGAACCUAUGUAAUGUAUAAAACAUAUUAACCUUUACUGCGAAACAUGGCUGUACUCUUUCUGCAAAUUAUCUUGAUUUAAGAGCAUCAGUUGUUAAAAUAGUUCAUUCAAGCUCAUGUCAAAAUGUAGAAUUUUCUUUCAGAUUGCUGAAU